AGCUUGAACUGCCCGGCUCGGGUGGCUGGUGCGCCUGGGAAGGCCAGGUCGGGGGAGGAAGCUCCUCCUCGACGCGUAGCCCCGGCAGAGUUGACUCCGAUACCCAGAAAAGUCCCCUCUGACUCCAGAAAAGCAACGACUGGCGAGAGCCGCGGGCGGCAUGGGCUGCCUCGUGACCUAGUGUCCCGCCGCGGGUAGUGCCCGGGCGCUCCGGCUCCGGCACAGGCGUGGGGGGGCGGGUGCGGGCUCCCGAGCGCAGCCGAGGAGCUCCGGAAGCCGCCGAAGCGGCGGGCACACCCAGAGCCGGCCCGCGGCCUCAGAGCCCGCGCCGCCCGCGACCAUGAGCCGGGAGGCCAUCUGCAGCGCCCUGCCCACCAUUCCCUGCCACAAGCUCGCCGACCUGCGCUACCUGAGCCGCGGCGCGUCGGGCACCGUGUCGUUUGCCCGCCACGCAGACUGGCGCGUUCAGGUGGCCGUGAAGCAGCUGCACAUCCACACCCCUCUGCUCGACAGUGAAAGAAAUGAUGUUUUAAGAGAAGCUGAAAUUUUACACAAAGCUAGAUUUAGUUACAUUCUUCCAAUUUUGGGAAUUUGCAAUGAGCCUGAAUUUUUGGGAAUAGUUACGGAAUACAUGCCAAAUGGAUCAUUAAAUGAACUCCUACACAGGAAAACAGAAUAUCCUGAUGUUGCUUGGCCACUGAGAUUUCGCAUCCUGCAUGAAAUUGCACUGGGUGUAAACUACCUGCACAAUAUGAAUCCUCCUCUACUUCAUCAUGACUUGAAGACUCAAAAUAUUUUAUUGGAUAAUGAAUUUCAUGUUAAGAUUGCAGAUUUUGGUUUAUCAAAAUGGCGUAUGAUGUCCCUCUCACAAUCACGAACUAGUAAAUCUUCACCAGAAGGAGGGACAAUUAUCUAUAUGCCACCUGAGAACUACGAACCUGGACAAAAAUCAAGGGCCAGUGUCAAGCAUGAUAUAUAUAGCUAUGCAGUGAUCACAUGGGAAGUCUUAACCAGAAAACAGCCUUUUGAAGAAGUCACCAAUCCUUUACAGAUCAUGUAUAGUGUAUCACAAGGACAUCGACCUAACACUAACGAAGAAAGUUUGCCACUUGAUAUACCUCAUCGAGCACUUAUGAUCUCUCUAAUAGAAAGUGGAUGGGCGCAAAAUCCAGAUGAAAGACCAUCUUUCUUAAAAUGCUUAAUAGAACUUGAACCAGUUCUGAGGACAUUUGAAGAGAUAAAUUUUCUUGAAGCUGUUAUUCAGCUAAAGAAAACAAAGUUAAAGAGUGCCUCAAGCACUGUUCACUUAUGUGACAAGAAGAAAAUGGAGUCAUCUCUGAACAUACCUGUAACUCAUGGACCACAGGAGGAAUCGUGUGGAUCCCCUCAACCCCAUGAAAGUAGUGAUUCUAGUAGAGCCUCAAAGUCCCUGUCAGCAUCUCCAGACAAUGAUUUUUUAUCUAGAAAAACUCAAGACUUUUCUACGCUGUGUCACUAUCCAGUAAAUCACAGUUGCAAUAGUAACAUUUCUGCAGCUCAAAAGGGGACAUUUUGUGAUUACAAGACCACCCUAUGCUCUUUAACAGUAAUAAAUCCAGUCCCAGCUGAGGGAAACUCAGUACGAUCACAGCCUGGCAUAGCCCAACAGUGGAUCCAGAGUAAAAGGGAAGACAUUGUGAGCCAGAUGACAGAAGCUUGCCUUAACCAGUCACUAGACGCUCUUCUGUCCAGGGACUUGAUCAUGAAGGAGGACUAUGAACUCAUUAGUACCAAACCUACAAGAACCUCAAAAGUCAGGCAGUUACUGGACACCACUGACAUCCAAGGAGAAGAAUUUGCCAAAGUUAUAGUACAGAAGUUGAAAGAUAACAAGCAAAUGGGUCUUCAGCCUUACCCAGAAAUACUUGUGGUUUCUCGAUCACAAUCUUUAAAUUUAUUUCAAAAUAAAAGCUUAUAAGGGACUCUUUUUCAAGAAGAAAAGUCAUUCUAUAAAAGGGUAUUUUAUUUCUCUGUUGCCUUUAUCUUAUCGGCUUUAUAAAAUCCACAUGAGUAUUAGAAGCAUUAAUGAAGUUUCUUCUUCAGGUAAAUAUUAGUCUUCUUCCAUGACAUUAUAGUAUUUUUUAAAAUUAAUAUAUUAGAAAGUCUGCAUUUUGCUACAGAGUUCAAUUGUCUGUCUCUUUGGUUAAUUGAAAUUAUUUUUUAAAUGUAAUAAUUAUAUUCUUGUAUAUAACAAUGUCUUAAGGUAUGAUGCAUUUCUCAUGGAAGCCAUUUUCAUAUUCAUUUUCUUUGUGGGUUAUUUAUUACUUGUCUAAGAUGCAGUUUGGCUUUUGGAAAUGUAGCCUUUAUACUUAAAUUAGAGCUAGUACAGCAUUUCUAACCUAUAGUGCCAGGUUCAAAUCCUCACCAAAAGGUUGUUCAUUAAACUUUGUUAUCCAGAUUACAGUUUUAAAUCCUAUUCAUUGAAUUCUUCUUUAAAAAAAAAAUGUUUCAAAGGUAAAAUGACACAAAGUCUAUGGAGAAAAAAUUAAUCUUUCAAUAUAUGUUUCUACCCUCAUUUCUAACCUCAACUAGCAACCAAGGUGACCAAAAAUUAACAGCACACUGUUUAUCCUUCUAUGCCCUUCUUCCUACUCGUAUGUAUACAUUCACGUGGGAAAGGGUCUUUCAUUAAUAUUAUUAUAAUACAUCAUAUUACAACCUAAUUUUUGCACUCAAUAGUACAUCAUGUACAGCCUUCCAGAUCAUGAAUAAAUCUAACUCAUUCUUUUUAAUUGCUGCAUAAUGUCAAGGCUGCUUUUUUAUUUUUUUAACUUAUUCACCAAGUUUAGCCAAAACAAUAUAGUGUGAGUAAUUUUUUUAAUAGCUUAUGUCACUAAGUGAAAAUUUACAAGGCAUAAUCCCCCUUCUGAAAAUGUUUAUUAAUAAUGUCAGCAAAAAGUAUGAUGCAGGAUAAAUUCUAAACAAACUUUCAAGAAGCACCAGAUGCACAGUAUGAAAAAAGAAGGAGAAGGAGAUUGGGGCAAUUAAAUAUUUUAUUAAAAUUGUAAAAUAAGUAUUUUAAUCUCCAUUUGGAGCUUGACAUUAACCUGUGGCACCUUAUUACUCUGAGAAAUACGGAAAUUAGUAGGGAAAAAUAGAAACCAAUUAAGUAUAUGAGUGAUCUAUUAUAUCUCUUAUUUUUAAGGUGUUAGGAUAAAGAUUUAACUUGAGAAAUAAGUUGAGAAGAUGGGAUUGUUUUAGGUUGUACAUAGACACAGCACUAAAUAACAUUUAAGUCAAAUAGUAAGGAAGUUCUUUUCAGUUCUUCCUUGAGCCUUCUAAUUAAGUAAAGGAGAAUGUCACAGUCGUGCUGUCAUCUUUUAAUCCCCCUUGUUAAGAAAAAGAAGAGGCUUCAGAACUUCAGAAACAAUAUUUAGCGGGCACCUGUGUGACUCAGUCAUUAAGCAUCUGCCUUCGGCUCAGGUCACAAUCCCAGGGUCCUGGGAUCAAGUCCCACAACAGGCUCCUUGCUCAGUGGGAAGCCUGCUUCUCCCUCUCCCACUCCCCUUCCCCCCUGCUUGUUCUCUUUCUCUCUCUCAAAUAAAUAAAUAAAAUUCUUUAAAAAAAUAUUUAGCAAGAAUUUUGUAGUUUUUUAAAUUGUAUUUUAUUUGAAAAUGACCUACAUAUGACAAGUGGUACUGAUUUUGUAUUUAUAAUGUUUCAUUUUAUAAUAUUCAAAUAAAAAGACAAGCAGAAAUACUAAAUUGUGAUAUAGGAAAUACAUGAGUGUGACAGCAAACAUAGAAGUAGUGGAAGGAUGACAUUAAGAUUGUCACUCAAGGAAGGGACCUAAUAAUCUAUAAUUAUCCGGGUUUUUUUUUAACUAGAUAGUACUAGAUGAUCUGAAAAUGUCAUUCUUUGCAGUGUAUUUUAAAAGAGUUUUACCCAUAAGUGUAGUCCACAGAGCAGCUGCAUUAACAUCACCUGGAGCUUGUGAGAAAUGCAGCCUCAUGGCCCCUAUCUCAAACCUGAAUCAAUCCCAGGUAGGAAGGUUUAGAAAUCUGUUUUAACAAACCAUCCAGGCCAUUAUGUGUGCUAAAGUUUGAGACUCUGGUUUUUUUUGUUUGCUUUUUUUACUGUGAUUUUUUUUUUUUUUUUUUUGUAGUUGUCACCUUGGCCUUUUUUUUUUUUUUUUUUUAUGUUAUGUUAGUCACCAUACAGUACUUCAUUAGUUUUUGAUGUAGUGUUCCAUGAUGAAGGGGGGGAAAUUAGAGGGGAAGAUGAACCAUGAGAGACUAUGGACUCUGGGGAAACAAACUGAGGGUUUCAGAGGGGAGGGGGUGGGGGGGAUGGGUUGACCAGUGAUGGGUAUUAAGGAGGGCACGUACUGCAUGGAGCACAGGGUGUUACACGCAAACAGUGAGACUCUUUAAGAAAUGCAAUAGAAUUAUGCAUAAAAUAAUUUCCCUUUAGUUUCACAAAUCUGUUUUCCUUAUGUCCAUUUGCCACAUUUGUCUUCAGGAUAUAUAGUCUCAGAACUGAGGUUUGAUUAGUAAAUUUAACUUUUUUUCUUUUUGCAUCUGCUUGAAUUCCCAAAACAAUUAUAGACAUGUUUUACAUUUUGGAAAAAUCAUUUAAACAUGAUAAUCUGAUCAGUAGAUUGAAUCUACCACUCAGCUUUUUAAAGAAGUACUUAAGAACGGGACAAACACUCAAAUUAUGACAGCAGAAGAGCAGAGCUGAUGUGGGACAAGACAAGAAGCAAGAAUAAAUUUGCUGAAAGUUAUACUAAAGAAAUUGACAUCACUAUGAAAGACUGGGCUGUGGCAGUGGCAGUAUCCAGCAGUGGGGGCUGGUUUUUAUCUUCUUCCUCUGUCAUUAAUUCUCUGCUCACCCUCCCCCACCCCAAAUACUCAAUUUCCUAAUUUACGAAGAAAAAUUAUCAAUUGGGAGAACAGAAGAAUCAGUAAUCUUUCAUGUUAAGCCAUCCUCACAAACAUGUCAUUGGCUUCAGAAAUGUGUUUCUUCUCUACAAUCUCCACUCCCAUCUCUCAGAACCCAGUUCCCAAUCUCCUGCUUUUCCACCCCUUCUCCCCUGGACCCUUUCUUUUUUUUUUUUCAAUGUCAAACACCCAGAUUUCUUUUAAAAACAAAAUUCCUUUGCUUGACUUGUCUGUACCUUCUCAUCCUUUUCCUGGAAAAUUAUGCUGCCUUUACUCUUGUUGCCAAUUUCAUUCUUAAUCUUUUAAAAUUUUUAAAGGGACACUCAGGUGGCUCAGUCAGUUAAGCAUCCAACUUGAUUUCAGCUCAGGUCAUGAUCUGAGAGUCCUGGAAUCAAGCCCUGCAUCAGGCUCCAAGCCUGGCAAGGAGUCUGCUUGAAGAUUCUUUCUCUCUCCCUCUGCCACCCCCCUGCUCUCUCUCUCUCUAAAAUAAAUUAGUAAAUAUUUAGAGAGAGAGAGAAAGCACAAGCAGGGGGAGGAGCAGAGGAAAAAAAUCCUCAAGCAGACUCCCUGACCAGCUCAGAGCCUGAUGCAGGGCUCAAUUCCAGGACUCUGAGAUCAUAACCGAUCCAAAAUCAAGAGCUGAAUGCUUAACUGACUGAGCCACCCAGGUGUCCCUAAUCUUUUAAGUUGUUUUUUUUUUUUUUUUUAAGAUUUUAUUUUUAUUUUUGUGAGAGAGAGAGAGAAUGUGCAUGCAUGAGCAGGGGAGAGGGGCAGAGGGAGAAGCAGACUCCCCACUGAGCAGGGAGCCUGAUGUGGGACUCGAUCCCAGGACCCUGGAAUCAUAACCUGAGCCAAAGGCAGACACUCAACAGACUGAGCCACCCAGGCGCCCCACUUUUAAAAUUUGAUGUCAUAGAAUUAAUGAAUCUCUAGGUUGAAAGGAAUAAUUAUACAUGGUUAUGCCUCAAAUUCCUCAAAUAAACACAUUAGAUAUACAAAUAUCUCAGGAUCAAAAACUUCUAUUGAUGUUGGAGGAGGCUAUUACCUAUUCAGGUCAUGUUCUUCAUGUCUAGACAGUUCUGUCAGUUCUUUCCUACAUUGAUUUAAAAAUCUAUUUCCCUAGUGUAUGUAUCUAUCGGUCCUGGUUCCAAACAUUGGGAUAGUCUAUAUAGAGUACAUCUAUUCCCUCCCCCACAUGACAGCCCUUUAUAAUAUUUCCAGAUAACUUCUAUUCCUGAGGACUUUUGUUUUUACUUUGAAAUAAUCCCUUCUUCCUUCAGUUGCUAUUUAAGAGGUCAGUUUUUAAAGCAUUGGCUUAUUUUUUCAUCCAAAAUGUGUGUUUCAAUGUAUGCUGUUCUAGCACAAAAUGACUGGUCGUUUUUCUCUACACUGUGGUAAACAUGUCACACUCAGUAAUGGAGAACCAAGAGAAGACAAGCAAGACAAGGACCAAGAAGAAAACGUCCAAAUGAAGCAGAACAUCACUGUACUAAAUAGCAUCUGUCUCAUGGUGGGGCAUAUGAGGCUCAGGCAUACUUGUAUCGCCCAAGAAGGUUCUUAGAAUAGUGCCUCCUCUAGGCUUUUCCUGAUUGUUUGGGAUAUUACUGGACUUUUUUCACUGUUUGGGACUUUAUAUUAUGCAGAGCUGGGAACUUACAUCCAGAAGUCAAGGACAAGCUGUGCAUAUGUCUUGGAAGCAUUUCAUAGAUUUACCGUCUUCAGCUGAUUUUAGUCAUCUUUACUCAUUGAGCCAACAGGACAAGUCAUAAAGGCACCCACAUUUAUGAAAUUUGUUAUCACACCUGUUUGGACAAACUAUGAUACCCCAUAUGAGGCCGGGAAAUGGAUCCUGAUUGCCUGCAUAUGAACUUAUAAUAUUUAUUCACUGCAGGAGUGUGAACUAGGAAAGCAGAAUUCAGGAUAUCUUCAUGUAUGUAAAGAUCUUGACACUCAUCUUAGGUAUAACUAGGAAUGGCUACUUUGUUUUUAAAGAUUUUAUUUAUUCAUCUAAGAGAGCACAAGCAGGGGGAGGAACAGGAGAAGGAAAGCAGAUUCCAUGCUCAGCAUGAAGCCCGAUCCCAGGACCCUGAGAUCAUAAUCUGAGCCAAAAUCAAGAGUCAGAUGCUUAACCAACUGAGCCACCCAGGCACCCCGAGUUGUUCCCAGCUUCUAAGGGCUGCCUACACUUCUUGGCUCGUGGUUCACUUCUUCCAUGUUCAAAGCCAGCAAGGAUGAGGAGAAGCCAUCUGAAAAUUUCAGUCUCUCCUGCCCCUCCUCCAAAUGAUACAAGGAAUCUACCAGCGGCUGUUUCUGUAUCCGUGCCCAUUGUGACCGUCCUUUAUUUGCUGACCUAUGUGGCUUAUGAUGUCAUCCUACUUAUGCCUUCUCCCUUGACUAGUGAAGUUGGAAAGGAUCCACAGCUCUUUGCCUCCAUUGAGAAGUUUUUCAUAAGAGGAAAAUAUGAGCAAUUUACACCUUUCUGUGCCAGAUCCAUUGUUGGAAAAAAAUGAGGAAAAUAAUAAUAUGGGAAUAUUGUGAGAAUUAAAUGAGCUAAUACAUACAUUUGGUAAUAAGGCCCUACACCAAGUUCAGAAACUCAUUCCUAUAGGGCUUGUAUCUCUGAACUUGGUUUAGGGCUUUGUCAGUGAACUGAACUCAUCACUCAUUAGAGCAUCCAGGUAAGAAAAUCAAAUUGUGCUAUGGGUUAUUUGUGUUUUCAAAGCUCAGCUAAGGGAAAUCAAUAACUUCUUAUGUUUAGUGUCACUAAUGAACAACAGCCAAGCCUUUUGAUUAUUUCUUGUUCUUGUUUUUACCAUAAACCUAUUUCAGGGAUUUCAAAUGUUAAAAUAGAGAUUCUGUUUCAUCAUGUUUGUUUUUCACUAGUUAAUGCAUAAA